AUGUCGUUUCGCCCAAGCGCCACAAAUCUGUCAAGCCUCAGAUCGUCCUCGAAAUCUUGGAUUGCUCGUCAAGCGCGCGACCCAUACGUAAAAAAACGACUUUCGGACCCUGCCUCGUAUCGCUCCCGGUCAGCUUUCAAACUCCUUGAAAUCAACGACCAGUGGGACAGCUUUCUUACCAAGCCUGACGUCAAAGCCGUUGUUGAUCUUGGCGCAGCUCCGGGGGGAUGGAGCCAGGUACCGUAUGAUCCACUGAACAUAGAUGACCUUGAGCCGUCUUCUGCGUUAACGGGCCGGGGUACUAUCGUUGCCGUCGACCUUUUGAAAAUGCAACCCAUCCAUGGUGUGCACGCCAUUCAAGCCGACUUCCUGGCGGCGGAAACUGAGCGACGAAUUCACAACCUGCUCAGCGUCAAGGGGAAUCUGGAGUGCAAAGCCGAUAUCAUCCUCUCUGACAUUGCGGCAAACGCGUCUGGUAACGAUGUUCACGAUAUCGAAUCAAGUCUGGAGAUCUGCGAAGCAGUAUUUUGCUUUGCACGCCAAUAUUUGCGUUCUGCAGAGCGAAUUGGGAGGCGGAGAGGCGGGGUCUUGCUGAUGAAGCAUUUCGAGCACCCUCUUCUGCAAAAGUUUCGCGUGGAAAAGCUUUUGCCUAAUUUUCAUGACGUCAGAUACAUUAAGCCAGACUCGAGCCGCUCUGCGUCUCGAGAAGGAUAUUUCUUGUGCCAGGGAUGGAAAGCCCUCGAGGAAUAG